AUGGUUUCAGCCGGUGGAACCUUAGCAAUUGGAUUCUGCAGUAUCCCUGAAAGUUCCAAGAACCGUUACCUCGGAAUAUGGUACAAUAAAGUGCCGUCCAGGGCAGUAGCAUGGAUUGCCAAUAGAAACACUCCACUUAAUGACUCGUCCGGGGUCUUGAAGGUCGCUGUCAACGGAAAUCUUUUUCUUCAUAGUCAUAACAAUACCAUCAUUUGGCAUUCCAUCACAUCAAGAUUGGCACAGCGACUGGUUGCAGUGCUUUUGGGUUCAGGGAACCUGGUUGUGAAGGAAGAUGGGAGCAAUGAUGAUGAUUUGAAGAGUUUUAUUUGGCAGAGUUUUGGUUACCCUUAUGACACGCUGCUGCCAGGGAUGAAACUGGGAAGUGACUUAACUACAGGCCUUACAAGGUACCUAACAUCACCGAUUAGCUCUGAUGAUCCUUCUGAAGGUAACUAUACUCAUCAGUUUGACAUUGUUGGAUAUCCACAAUUAUGCACAAGGAAGAGAUAUGUUACACAUAUGAGCUGCUUAUUCAAGGCUUGUGCUAUUUGCAGGAGGAUCAUUAUUCUUUAUGUGUGGAUUGUUAAGCAUAAGAGUUGA